AUGAAUGCAGAUGUAGAUAUCUCAAUCCUAGAAAUGUCUCCAAGUAAUUAUUACAGUCCAGGAGAUUACUUCAUCGCUGGAGUUAUACCAAUGAGGACAGCUAUCUAUCCAACACAUGCAUUCAUGUCUAACCCUGUCUGUGACUUCGUCCCGAUAUUGGAGAAGAACUAUCAGCACGUCCUGGCCAUCUUGUUUGCCAUUAAUGAGAUCAAUGAAAAUCCCAACAUCUUACCCAACUUCACUCUAGGCUACAGGAUCUAUGAAAACUAUUUCAGCACCAGGAUAACCUAUGAAACAACAGCAGACCUUCUCUCAACUGCGCAUUGGAUGGUCCCUAAUUUCAAGUGUGGAAAGCAAAAAAAUCUGGCUGUUAUUCAAGGAGGGAACUUUGAAACUUUUUCCCAGAUGGCAACAAUGCUAGAUGUUUACAAGGUCCCUCAGCUCACUUAUGGUUUUGUCAACCAUAUUCUGAGUGAUAAAACUCAGUUCCCCUCUUCGUACUGGAUGAGUCCCAAGGAAACUCCACAGUACUUGGGGAUAGUGAAGUUGCUCCAGCAUUUCAAGUGGACGUGGGUCGGUCUCAUUGCUCCAGACAAUGAUGGUGGAGAUCAGUUUCUUCAUCCUUUUCUGAGAAGUGUUAGCUUCAACAGUACUAUCAUGGGCGAGGUGUAUUUUGAUGAGGACAGGGAGCUGGUGGCUGACUAUGAUAUUGUGAAUUUGGUCACAUUUCCUAACCAAUCUGCUGUAAGAGUGAAAGUUGGGAUGCUGGAGACCCAGGCAUCCUCAGACCUACAGCUGACUGUUAAUGAUGAGGCCACCGUGUGGCCCAACUGGUUUAAUCAGACAAGGCCCCGUUCUACUUGUACAGAAAGCUGCCAACCUGGAUACAGCAAGAUGGUGCCAGAAGGACAGCCAGUUUGCUGCUAUAAUUGUACCCGGUGCAUAGAAGGGACCAUUUCUACUCACACAGACAUAGAUCAUUGUCAUGAGUGUCCAGAAGAUCAAUACUCCAACAGUGACAGAGAUCAAUGUCUCCCCAAGACUAUAAUCUUCCUCUCAUAUGAAGAACCUCUGGGGAUUACCUUUCUUUUCUUUGCCCUAUUCUUGUCCGUAACCACAGGUACUGUUUUAGGAAUCUUCAUUAAACACCAAAACACUCCAAUAGUUAAAGCCAACAAUCGAAACCUCACUUACAUCCUCCUCAUUGGCCUCCUGCUUUCCUUUUUGGCCUCCUUUCUAUUCAUUGGCCAGCCUCAAAAGGUCACCUGCCUUCUCCGCCAAACAGUCUUCAGCAUCAUCUUCUCCAUUGCUGUCUCUUCUGUUCUGGCAAAAACAGCUACUGUGGUGUUGGCAUUCAUGGCCACAAAACCAGGGAACAGGAUCAGAAAAUGGGUGGGAAAAUGUUUGGCAAAUGCCACUGUUCUUUUCUGUUCCGUUAUUCAGUUUGGCAUCUGCAUUGUCUGGAUUGGAGUCGCUCCCCCCUUCCCAGAACGAGACAUGAAUUCCCAGGUCGGACAGAUAAUAUUGCAAUGCAAUGAAGGAUCUGUUGCCAUGUUUUACUGUGCCUUGGGCUACAUGGGUCUUCUGGCUGCCAUUUCUUUUACUGUGGCUUUCUUAGCCAGGAAGCUACCCGGGGGUUUCAAUGAAGCCAAGUUUAUCACCUUCAGCAUGCUGGUGUUUUGCAGUGUUUGGGUGUCCUUUGUGCCAACCUACCUAAGCACCAAGGGGAAAUACAUGGUAGCUGUGCAGAUCUUCUCCAUCUUGGCUUCCAGUGCUGGGCUCCUGGGCUGCAUCUUCCUUCCCAAAUGCUACAUCCUUGUACUUAGGCCUGAUCUGAAUACAAAGGAGCACCUUAUGAUGAAGAGGAAAGAUUAG